AUGGCAACCCACGAGCCGGCACAAGCCUCUUCAUCUUCGGCGCGACCUCGAGUCGAACGCGUGGAGAGCCUCAUCCCAGUUGAGGACUACGAACUUCGACUUGCGCUCAUCGAAAGCAUCCGAGCGGCAUUACAGCCUUUUCGCGGCCCUGGAAAGCCUGAUCUCACCGGAUUGGAGUUUUCGUACCUCAUCAACAUGCCGCUCGAUAAAUUGCGAAACCUCAAACCAUUGCUUCCCGACUUAUCCGGCACCCUCGAACCCCUUAUUAAUAAAUUAGGCAAUGCCGCAUACAAGAUCGAGUUUCCUGAACGGUCCCAGGGCAACUCCUCCGCAAAGACUGUCAGCGUCAAAGGGAAAGCGCCUCAGCGUGUCACCCCUCAGGGCUCUGUCACAAAGCCCGGAUCACCCAACAAAUCAAACGCCGAUGGAAAACGUUCAGCAUCAGAGGAGAACACCUUACUCAAAGCUAUCGCAAAUCCCUCUGAGGCGAGUUCUGUGGCGACAAACAAGGGCACUGAGGCCGGUCGAAGCGAGGCUCUCCGAAAGGAGUGUUUGGAGCUCGAUGGCAACUACUGUGCGGUGACCGGUACCAGCGACCCUCAUGUCUGCCAUAUUGUUCCCUUCGCUUGGUCCAAGCAUGAGGAGAACUUUGAGGUUACCAAGCGCUUGAUGCCCGCCCUCCAAUUAGUGAUCGACAUCCAACCCCCCGAGCUCAAACUUGAAGCCAUGGGCAAGCUGCAAGAAGGUGUCGGUUGUACUGACCGACUCUGGAACAUGGUGUGUCUGAGCCCCCAGCUUCACAAGUGGUGGGACCAUGCGUACUUCGGCCUGAAGUACUAUGGCAGAAAUGAUUCUGAGGAAGAGGGCUUUGUCGAGAUCCAUCUCCAGUUUGUGUGGAUGCCACGUAACAUCUCUCAACUAGCAGCGCAACAAAUCGACCUGGAUCAGCAGGCAGAUCGAUCCACAGGUCUUUCAGCCAACCUCAGCCAUUACUACGGAGGGCAGACAAAUACAUCAUGCACAGAGAGCUGCAGCGACUGCGAGGCUACCCGAAGAGUCAAAGCAUAUGAUAGCACCGGCCGCCCUAUCGUGAACGGCCAGAUUAUUGUGGUCAAACGUCGCGAGGAGGAUGCCCCUCUCUUUGAGGCUAUGAUCAAGAUCCAAUGGGCUGUCAUUCGUGCUGCAGCUAUCUCAGGUGGAGCUCUUGCUCCUGGGGAAUUUCGGUCGUUCAGUGAAGACUCGGAUGGAGAAGAGGCUGAUUCACCAACAGCGGUUGAGGAAGAGGAUCUUUUAUCAACUGCCGAACGUAUUCGCGACUGGUUGGACCAUACAUAG